GAGAGACCAAAAUAAUAAAAUAAAAUAUAUUACAGCGUAUAAAAUGAUUUAGCCACAGAAGCAGAGAGAGGGGAGAAAAAAAAACAAAAAAAAAAAACUGUUGUUUUCUUUUGCCUCUUGUUCAAGAAAAAUACGCUUAGGAGCCGAAAGAGGGGGGGAAAAAAAAGACAAAAGAAAAAAAGAAGAAAAGUAUCUGUAAUUUGAAGAAUUUAUUUUUUUCACGUUGUGGAUAUGGCAAGGAACGGCUUCGUUUCGCGGUGGAGGAGGUCGUCGGAGAGAGUAAACGCCGCGGUGGCGUGCGAUGUUUCACCACCACAUGUUUCCGAUGAGGUUCAUGUUCUUGCCGUCGAUGAUAGUUUCGUUGAUCGCAAGGUCAUUGAACGCUUGCUCAGAAUUUCGUCUUGUAAAGUGACGGCAGUGGAUAGUGGAAGGAGAGCUCUGCAAUUCCUCGGUUUGGACGAUGAGAAAAGCUCCCCUGUUGAUUUUCAUAGUUUGAAAGUGGAUUUAAUCAUCACCGAUUAUUGCAUGCCUGGAAUGACUGGAUAUGAACUUCUCAAGAAGAUCAAGGAAUCUUCAACUUUCAAAGAGAUACCGGUGGUGAUAAUGUCAUCGGAGAACGUUUUGGCGCGCAUAGAUAGGUGUUUGGAAGAAGGAGCAGAGGAUUUCAUAGUGAAACCGGUGAAAUUAGCAGAUGUGAAAAGGAUCAAAGAUUUCAUGACGACAAGAGUGUACAGGUUCGGAAACGAAGAAGAAGAAGAGAGUGGUGGGAUGAUGAUGAUGAAUAAGAGGAAACUACAAGAUUCUUUGGAUCUUUCAUCUUCUUCGUCACCACCACAGUCAAUUUCUCCAUCAUCAUCUUCAUUAUCAUCAUCACCAUCGUCAUCGUUAUCAUCGCCUUCAUCACCAACACCAUCAUCAUCUGGAUCGACUUUACCUUCAUCAUCAUUAUCUGCACCAUCUUCUCCCAUUUCCUUAGAUUCUCCAAUCAGACGGCUCAAAACCACCAUCACUGAUUAGAUCAAGCGCUUCCUGUACCGAUACUACAAUCUCUGCAAUCUACCUUUUUUUUUUUUUAUUUUUUUUUUUUAUAAUUUUCGUUUUGGGUCAAAACUGCAAUUGCCCGUUAGGCUUAACGGCUUUUGUUGCGUUUUUUUUUUGUUUUUGUUUUGGUGUUUGUUUAUUAAUUUUGUUUGUUUAUAUGACGAUGAUUUUACACAUAAAUAUUAUUAAGAUCUACUAAUUAACCGAUUUAUGUGAUUUA